AUGAAAGGGGAGAAUCAUACGCGAUCGGUUCUAACGAUUGUCCAUGUGGACUAUUGCGUGGCAGAAAAUGCAAAAGCUCACCGUACCUCGCGCUACGAGGUGUCAAAUCGGCCUAGCGGCGAAGCUCUGCUGGUGGUGCGUCGUGGUCAGUCCUUCGUCCUUGACUUGACGCUGUCGCGCAAUUACGAUCCUGCGAUUGAUAACAUUUCCAUGGUCUUUACCUAUAAUGGUGCCAAGAAGUCGUGGCAUAGGAGCUUUGAUGUCACCUCGAAUGAAUUGCAUUCAAAUGCGACGUCUAAAGGCAUCUGGCAGACUAUUGUGGAGUCCUACGAAGGAAACUUGCUCAAGAUCAAGGUUACUCCAGCAGCAGAUGCCAUUAUAGGAAAAUGGCUAACAGAAAUUGAUACGAAAACGCAAGGCUUCGAGCGUGCAGACAGUUUUAAUGUCAAGAAUCCGUUUUACGUGAUAUUUAAUCCAUGGUGCCAAGAGGACUUGGUAUACUUGGAAAACGAGUCGGAGCGCCAGGAAUACGUUAUGGAGGAGACGGGCCUGAUAUGGCAGAACAACGUAAAUCACAUGACAUCGGUCCCCUGGAGUUACGCGCAGUUUGGGGAGGACAUACUGGACUGUACCCUUUACUUAAUAACAAACGUCAAACAGGUCCGGAUCGCCAAUCGCAAUAAUCCUAUCGCCAUCACGCGCAACUUGUCAGCUGCGAUAAACAAGCAGAACGACAAUGGCGUGUUAUGGGGAAAUUGGUCAGAACGUAAAGAAGCUUACAGUGACGGUAAGUUUCCGUCCCAUUGGGUGGGCUCGCAAAAGAUCCUCCAGCAGUACUACCAGACAAAGACGCCUGUCAAGUACGGCCAAUGUUGGGUUUUUGCUGGUGUCCUCACAACAGUUUGCCGAGCCCUGGGCUUACCCUGCCGACCAGUUACGAACUACGAGAGCGGACAUGACAGUGAGAAUAAUUCCACAAUUGAUGUGUACCUUGAUCAGAAUGGCAUGAGAAUAAAAAACAUGAGCGAUUCUUGGUGGAACUUUCACGUCUGGAACGAAGUGUGGAUGAAGAGACCGGAUCUAUCCGAUGUCUACAAUGGCUGGCAGGUGAUUGAUGCCACGCCCCAAGAAGCACCAUUUUACCUUGGUCCUACUUCUGUGGUAGCCGUAAAACAAGCAGAUUUAAAUUGUCACUACGACACUGGCUUUGUUUAUGCUGAGGUCAACGCUGAUAAACUGAUAUGGAAAUACGACAAAUCGUCUCAGACAUCUACUCUUCUUUACAACGAAAUUAGUAGCAUUGGACAGAAUAUCAGUACGAAAGCGGUUGGCAAAUGGGAACGCGAGGAUAUAACACACACGUACAAGUAUCCAGAGAAGUCUAGCGAAGAGCGAUUGAUCAUGUACAAAGCGCUCCUUAAGAGCCAGUCACGUAGCCGCCACUACCUCAUCGACGGGUUCCAUGAGGUGAAGUUCAAUUUAGAGCUAAAACAUGACAUCAUGAUUGGCCAGCCCUUCAGUGUCGCGCUGAAGAUGCAAAACGUAAGCAACGUGCGAUGGCACACGGUGUCGGUGAUACUGCGCGUGGACGCAAAGACGUACACAGGCCGGAUGGGCGAACCGGUCGCGCGAUUAGACACCGAGCGCUUAAUAAAACCUGGCCAAACGGACGAGGUGUUUCUUGAGGUAUCCUGGGAGAAGUACCAGCCACGACUGAUCAGCCAAGGCUGUUUCAAUAUCUCUUACUUCGCCACGGUCAAGGAAACCAGUUUAGAGUACACCAACCAAGUUGAUUUUUGCGUCAAAAAGCCCGAAAUUGUUAUUGAGUUAAGCAACCAACCGUACGUAGAUGAGUGGCUUGCGGUGACAGCACGUUUUACGAAUCCCCUGCCGAUAGCCCUGAAAGGCGGCAAGUUCAUUUUUACGGGUCCAGGUCUACAGAUACAGCACAAACUUACCCAUGAUGUCGAUGCCGGUGCCGAAGCUGUCGCCCAGUUCCAGGUACUGCCAAUGUUUGCAGGCAUGACCACGAUGAUUGCAAAAUUUAAUUCCAAGGAACUCAAUGACGUCAACGGUUACUUCAACUUUGUGGUACAGCCCAAGCUGUGAGGGGAUUGCGUGGAAGUAAUAUCAUUGAUGGUUCUUAGUUAGAUUACCUCGUAAUGGUUUAGU